AUGGCGCCGAAAGUAGAAGGAGAGCAGAAGGCGGCGAAGAAGGGACCCAAGAAGGAGCCCGCCGCUAAGAAAGCCAUUCCCGCGGGGAAAAAGCCCAUCGGCGACAAGAAAGAGAAGAAAAAGGCUCGCAAGGCCGUGACAGAAACGUACAAGAUCUACAUCUACAAGGUGCUGAAGCAGGUGCAUCCAGACACGGGGAUAUCGUCCAAGGCCAUGUCGAUCAUGAAUUCUUUUAUAAAUGAUAUCUUUGAGAAGCUCGCGACGGAGGCGUCUAAGCUCGCGCGGUACAACAAGAAGCCGACGAUUACGUCUCGCGAGAUCCAGACGGCUGUUCGGCUGACUCUGCCUGGGGAGCUUGCGAAGCACGCUGUUUCAGAGGGAACAAAAGCCCACUUGCACAGCGUGUUUGAGAUUCCCCGUUUCCUUAUCUAUGGUAGAAAAGCUGCUGCUGUCCCAUCCAUCCCCUCACCACCAUGGCUUGCUGAGACACCACUGCUCAAGAGCAGUUAG